UGCGAGUCCUGGGUAUAAUGAUAGACUGUACUAUAUAUAGCCAUGCCCGCGAAUAUUAAUAAAACGACUUUUAUUUAUUUACUCUCUUCAGUCUUUGUUUUUAUUCAGAGUUUAACAGCUGUUGUGUUGUGGUCGUAUACAUUUAUACCGGUGUCGUGCGUAAUAUAUUCAAUUGCAGUGACUUUUAUUCGUUCGUCGUUUCCAAUCUUAUCAAUCAAUUACUUAUUCUUCGGACAAUUAAAAUUCGUAUUAAGGUCAACAUCGGAUCUGACUAUAUUUCCUAUUAGACAUGAGUGACAACGCGGCAAUUAAGAAUGAAAGUGAGAAUAAGAAGUCGGUGUUGUGUGUCGGGAUGUGUGUGUUAGAUAUCGUUCAUGUGUGCAACGAAUUUCCAGUAGAAGACCAAGAUAAGAGAUCGAAGCAUGGUCGCUGGCAACGAGGUGGCAAUGCAUCGAAUAAUUGCACCGUGCUCAGCCAAAUGGACAUGGCAUGCGAAUUUUUCGGUCCAUUAACCAAACUGAAAAUGUUCCAAUUCGUUCUGGAUGAUAUGACGGACCGGAAAAUCGACUACAGCCACUGUGCGUAUCACAAUUGCGAAGCGCCGAUAUCGUCAAUUUUGUUGAAUGAGGCGACAGGAUCGCGAACGAUUAUUCAUUCGAAUCCGAAUAUGCCGUAUGUGACGUACGACGAUUUCAGAUGCUUGAAUUUGACUGAUUAUGGAUGGAUUCAUUUUGAGGGAAGACAUCAUGAGGAGACUAUGAAAAUGAUGCAAUCCGUUGUUGCUUUUAACGAAGGAAGAUUGGACAGGAUUACAGUGUCUUUGGAGUUGGAAAAACUUCAGCCGGAAAAUCUUUCUCUCGCCAAGUUUGCUGAUGUUGUUAUAAUAAGCAAGGAUCUGGCCAUACAUUUGGGAUACGAAAACAAAACCAUGGCCGUGCAUAGUUUCCGUAAACGGACAAGAACAGGAAAUAUCAUAAUAUGCCCAUGGGGUACUGAUGGUGUGGCUGCAUUAGAUUCAAACGAUAAAUUAUUCACUGCUGAAGCCUAUCCGCCGGAUAUCGUCGUUGAUUCGUUAGGUGCUGGGGAUACGUUUGCUGCUGCAGUAAUUUUCUCGUUAUAUUGGAAGCAUACGUUGGAUUUUGCGAUUAAAUUCGCCAGUCGCUUGGCUGGAUUGAAAGUUGGCUUUUUCGGAUACGAUCAGAUUCGUGAGAAUUUUAAGAAAUUUUUAUGAUUUUUCCAUAAAAUUUAAUUUUAAUUUUCUAACUUUCUAAUAAUACAUUUUUACCGCUACAAGUGCAUUUAAACGGAAAUAAAAUAAAUUUUCCUUCAUUUCUUCAA